GCCGUGCUGUCGAGCGUGCACCACAUCGACAAGAGCCCCGACUACUCCACGCUGCACCCGUGGCUUAGGUUCGGGCUGCUGACCAGCACGGGCGCGAAGUGGCACGCGCGCCGGCGCCUGCUGACGCCCACCUUCCACUUCCGGAUCCUCGACCAGUUCCUUCCGGUGUUCAACCGGAACACGGCCGUGCUGGUGAAGAAGCUGGAGAAAGAGGCGGGCCGCGAGGCCUUCAAUCUUGGCCACUACGUGCACCUGUGUGCGCUGGACACCAUCUGCGAGUCCGCCAUGGGGACGACCGUUCACGCGCAGGAGGACUCCAACUCGGAGUAUGUGCAGGCGGUAAAAACCGCCUGCUGCAAAGCGUACAUGCGUCUGGUGAAGCCGUGGCUGUACCCAGACGCCACGUUCUAUGCGACGCCGUAUGGCUGGUCCUUCUCACGGGCGCUCAAAGUCCUGCACGGGCUCACGACAUCCGUGAUCCAAAAGCGCAAGGGAAUCCACACGGAAGAGUUGUUAAAGAUUCAACAGCCUGCUGAAGACGGAACAAAACUGCGAGUGGCUUUCCUCGACCAGCUACUCCUCGCAAACCAGAACGGAGCUGGCCUGUCUGAUAUGGACAUCCAGGAGGAAGUGGACACGUUCAUGUUCGAGGGCCACGACACGACUGGCACUGCCAUAACCUUCACUCUGUACGCGCUGUCCGUAAACCCUAAGGUCCAGGAAAUGGCAUACCAAGAGAUAACCUCCGUCAUGGGCGACAAGACACGUGACAUCACCAACCAGGACCUGGCACAGAUGAAGUACCUAGAGAGGGUCAUCAAGGAGGGACUGCGUCUGUACCCUAGUGUGCCCGUGUUCCUCCGUUCGCUCAAGAGAGACCUACCCCUGGAAAUGGAUGGGAAACAUGUCGUCCCGGCCGGCACCACGGUGGUCGUCUGCCCCUACGUCCUCCACCGCACCGAGUCCCUGUGGCCCGACCCGGAGCGUUUUGACCCCGACAGGUUCCUCCCCGAGAACUCCGUCGACAGGCACGCCUUCGCGUACGUGCCUUUCUCGGCCGGGCCCAGGAACUGCAUCGGCCAGAAGUACGCCAUGAUGGAGAUGAAGUGCAUGAUCGCGCGCCUGCUCAUGGAGUUCCGAUUCCUCGAGGCUUAUCCAGGCUACAAACCAAAGAUAGCCGGGGAGCUCAUCCUCAAAUCCAGAGACGACAAACUUCUUGUGCGAGUUCAGAAGCGAGACUGAUAUUUAUAUGAUGUGUGAGAAGAAGACGAAUGUGAGUCAGGAAAAUAAGUUCCGGAAGAUACGCAUAAAAUAUGGGAUUGGUACAAAAGUGGAGAAAUUGAAAGGCAAUCAUUUUGAAAUUGUAAUUUUUAUUGUUGCGGAGAGGUAAUCAACUUCAAAGACGAAGGGAUAUGGUAAUAUAGACAGACCUAACACCAUCUCUCAAAAUUAAUAAACGUCUUGUUUUCGCUUUGAGAUCUCAUUGAUGUAUUGUUAAAGUAAAAUCAGUAAUAUUGCCGAAACAUAUAUCUGGUAACACCAGUCCGUAUUCAAAGGAUUAUCGGAGUUGACAACCGCUCGAUUGUUACUGUGAUGUUUUCUGUUUUAUCAGUACAUUUAAUGUAAGUAACAUAUGUCUGGUAACACCAGUCCGUAUUCAGAGGAUUAUCGGAGUUGACAACCGCUCGAUUGUUACUGUGAUAUUUUAUCUGUUUUAUCUAUACAUUUAAUGUAAGUAUUGUAUGUAGACAAAAAAAAGAGAAAUGGAUUAGAUUUAUACAGAGCCUUUUACAGAAUAA